CCUUUUUUUUAUCAACUUUAUUCAAAAAGGAAAUAAAAUUAAAUUAAAAAAAAGAGUCAAACCACCCUAAGAGGAAAUUCAGAUGUUAGAGUGUUUUCUCUGAUCUUCCUCGAGCUUUUUAUUAUUAAUUUUGUUUGAAGAUCGAUUUCUGAGUUAAUUUUUUUCCUGUAUUUACAUGGGAUGGGAAGAAAAAGCUGAGUUUCCUCACAAAAAAGGGGGUUGGUUUGGCUCAUGUUUUAAUAUCUUCUUUUAACUUUGUAAAAUAUCUCCAAUAUCUUUCUUGAAUAUAUAAAAUCUGUAAAUACAUAAUAUUUGAAUGACAAGUGCGUCCAAGCCUAAGAUGAAGGGUUUUUUCAAGGGCUUCAAGUACAUUUCCCAGAUUUUUGAGGAUGAAGAAAAAGAGGACGACAUACAAAUUGGUUUGCCCACAGAUGUAAAGCAUGUAGCUCAUAUUGGGUGGGAUGGACCUGCUGUUGAUACCCCAAGCUGGAUGAAUCAAUUCAGUGGAUCUCCAGAUCUGGAUUCUGCACCUUUAGGUCCCCCAACUGGUGGAGAAAAGGGGGAGCCUGAAAUUAAAUGGGUAUCUGAAGAUCCAAGCACUAAGAGAAGUAACAGAAGUGCUGAUCUACCUGACGUGCCGAGAUCAUCAAGGCGCAGUGAAUCAGCGGAAGGCAACGGCGAGUUGUCCCCGAAGAAGCAGAAAGAUCCCAACAAGGUAAAGCAGAGGAGAAACCACUCAAGGGAAACAUCAGAAGGAGGCAGUGUUAAGUCGAACCGGGAGCCAUCCGACCAGGCCAACCCGGGGGUCCCGGAUCCAGCCAAGAAAUCACGCAGAAAAAAGUCGAAGGAGUCCAACGGGACAAGCGGAUCCGCACGGCCACGAUCAAAGGCUAACAUCGAUCCCGGUCCCGAUGGUGAAUCAUCUGUCAAGAAUUCCAAAUUGGAUAACAACCAAAACAACUAACCAUAUUUCUCAACAAUUGUCGGUGUUUUUUGAUCCAUUGUUAGCUCUAAUACACCAAGGGAUAAAUUUUCAACAUAUCAAGGGUAUAUGAUGGUUCCUUAGAAAAUAAACUAUAAUACUUUUUCUUUCCCCUCUUUUCUAUUUUCUUUCUUUUUUUCCUUCUUAAAAGGGAUAUGUUGCUAGGCAACAACUAGUAUAUCUAGCAUCAUAUUUAUUAUGUAAAUGCCAGUUUAUUUUGGCAGAGGUUCUUGCUUAACAUUGUUGUGAUCUCUCAAUUUCUUUUAGUGUGGUAUUUAUUUAUACACUACUUUUGGCCAAAUAUAUAUCGAUGAUGUCAUUUCAUAUAUAUAAUGUAAAGGUAGAGAUUAAC